GAAAUUUUAGGUUAUUUUGCUGUCAAUGUACUCUCAAUUCCUGCAAUGAGAUCGUUUAAGAUUACACACAUGAUUUAAUAACGUUUGAACUUCCUCUGGAUUUGAUUGCUUUAGCAUACGCAGAGCCAACCAAUUAGAUGCAGCCACGAGUCGCUGUUUAAGACCUGCCCUAGUCGGGAUCAUUUUUCAGUCGUUCUCUAGCCAGUUCUCUAUUUAAAAUGCUAAAAAUUUGUGUUUUUUUCGCCGGUUUGCUGUUAAUCGGUGCUCUGCCUAAGGAAGAGGUUCACAAGGAUAGAGUGAUCGACAGGGAGUUGAGCGACAAGGAGCAUUUUGAGAAUGAGCAGCAUAAUCUCCAGUAUGAUCAUGAGGCGUUUUUGGGUGAGGAGGCGAAGACGUUUGAUCAACUGCCUCCAGAAGAGAGCAAACGUCGUUUAGGCAUAAUUGUUACAAAAAUUGAUAACAACAGCGAUGGAUUUAUAUCGCGAGAGGAGCUUAAAGACUGGAUCAGAUACACUCAGAAAAGAUACAUUUCGGACGAUGUGAAUCGUCAGUGGAAACAGCAUAAUCUGGAGGACACUACCACUUUGUCUUGGAACACAUACCAAAAACUGGUUUAUGGAUUUUUGGAUGAAAAUGCUCUCCAUAAUCCAGUUAGUGAUGAAGAAAAAACGUACGUGGGAAUGAUGAAGCGCGAUAGAAGAAGAUGGUCGGUUGCUGAUCCUGAUGGAGACGACGAAUUGACCAAAGAAGAAUUUUCAUUCUUUUUACACCCCGAGGAGCAUGAUCAUAUGCGGGACAUUGUGGUGCAGGAAACCAUGGAAGAUAUUGAUAAGGACGGCGAUGGAAAGAUUUCCAUCGAUGAAUACAUCGGCGACAUGUACAGGCCGCAAGAAGGCGACGAAGAACCCGACUGGGUGAAGAACGAAAAGUUCCAAUUCACCUCGUAUCGCGACAAAAACGGUAAUGGGGUGCUGGAUGAAAAUGAAGUGAAGAAUUGGAUUUUACCCGAUGAUUUUGAUCAUGCUGACGCUGAAGCAAGGCAUCUCAUUUAUGAAGCAGACCAAGAUGCUGAUGAACAGCUAACCAAAGACGAGGUCCUGAAUAGGUACGAUCUAUUCGUUGGAUCGCAAGCGACUGAUUUUGGAGAAGCCUUAGCAAGGCAUGAUGAGUUUUAAGCCAAACGCGGCACGUUCUUUUCUAACGAUUUUAGUGCAAUGUUAGGUGCAAAAUGUUCGGCGCGGAGACUUCUGGUCUAAACGAUAAGGUUUGAAUUUUUGUCAAUGAGACGGCAUUUAGUUUCAUACGGCAGGCAUUAGUGUUUCUGCUAAAAUCUCGAAUCUUAAUGAGAAUCUCUUAUAACGAAUAAAAAUACUAAUAUGAUUUCCGCAACGCUUUAGUACUGUAUGUAAAGUUAGAGGGUUUUAGUUAUUGGGCGAAAGUAACAAUUUUAAUUGUUUUUAUUACGAUUCUCUGCUUAAUGUGCCAAUAUGUAUAGGGACUAAUCUAAUGAGGUUGGUCAAGGAGGAUUUUAAUUAAAAAAAAAUUUCCUACUAAUUGGACUCUAAUUGGGAAAUUGAACCUAUCAGCAUGAAGACCACAGCAACUUUAAAUAAAACAUUUAUUUAUAAUAAA